AUGAAUGAUAGCCACCCGGAAGAUCAUCUGAGCUGUGCAGCGUCCAUCCUUCUGUCACUGUGGCUCUCCUUGAGCAGUUUUGUAGCUGUAAGCGGAAACACAGUUAUGUUGUGGUUGUUCUACAAGAAGGAAUCUUUACGAACAAUUUCCAACCGCUUUUUAGCCUCGUUAUCCGUGGCGGACGUUUUCGUUGGUCUCGUCAUAGAUCCUGUUUGGAUUGUUAUCAGAUGUUGGAUUCAGCCACCACUUCACAGCACUAUGUUUGAUUUUAUGAUAGCGUUGUGGGUUCACACAACCGCCGCUACUACCUUCAACAUUUGCUGUGUUUCAAUCGACCGGUUUAUUGCGAUUCGGUUUCCUAUCCGUCAUCAGGAAGUUGUAACAAAGAAUAGAUGUUACACAGUGAUUAUUUUGGUGUGGCUGUUUUCAAUGGGUCUUCCUUUCUCGACGCUACUUAUACCCGCCAAACUUUUCUCAAAAGAGAAAUUUGUUAAUAUUGCAGUGCUGUGUUUUUUGAUAGGAUUUAUAGCAUUUUUUCUACCAUUAAUAGUUGUUUCACUCUCUUAUAUUUCUAUUUUUAAGUCGGUAACAAAACAAUUUAACAGAAUACUAGCAGGAGAAAAAUCUACAUUGCACAACGACAAUUUAAGAGUUCGUUGUACGCAAAAUUUUAAAGCCAUCAAAACAAUUGGUUUUGUUUUGGGUGCCUGUAUCAUCACAUGGAUUCCAAGUUUAAUUCUGUCUUGUUUUGAAAUUUAUUAUGCCUUGGUCAACAACCGGGAUAAAUCUAAUGUAUUGCAGUCUGUCGUGUGGCCGUGGGUUGAGGCAAUCGCUUUUACUUCAUCAGCAAUCAAUCCAUUUGUAUAUUACUUCCGAAAUGAAGACUUCCGCCAAGCCUUUCGCCGUACCUUUCGCUGGUUGGCCCGUGGACAUAGCAAAGAAAACACUAGAAAAACCAGGCCGAUAUCAAACAGAAACCCGAUGGAACAAAAUGGUGAGAGAUCUGGAGAUAAAGCGAUUAAAGAGACAGUGCUCUGCCAUUGAUAGACGAUGUUGAAAUACUCUCCGACUUUAGUUUGUGAUUUUUUUUUCUCAAUAGUGAUUUUAAAUCUAAUAAAGAGAUCUACUCUGAAACAAUUCUUAAUUCACGUUCGGCUGUUUCUUUGGAUAUCUCAGCAGAAUAUAAACUGUAGUUUAUAUUCCCUUUGAGGAGUCGGUAAAUUCAAUAUGGAGGAGCAGAAGCCAUUUUGAACUGGUUACUGAGGAAUCUUGGAAAAAAUACCCGAAGCUCUCUCAUUAAUUGCCUUUUACUUUGUCGCAGCUUUUUGUCGCAGAAAUCUACAAUCGUUGCAGGAAAGAUGCUCUCUGUCAUUUAGUCGCUGCAGUGAGUCACACGAAUUUAAACCACUUCGAACUCGUGCGACUGAUCGCAGAAACAAAAUUCAAUCGCAGCGACAAAGAUUUCAUAAAACCCAUCAUGUCGCGCAGGAAAACACCACUUCAUGCUCACGUCAGCGCAUCAGGUAAAUAAUUUUUAGAUCCAAACUGUAUAUGCCAGCACGGGUCCGAAAUCCAAAAUUAUUUGAACAGCUCACGCGUAAUACAUCUCCAAAUCAAGUGAAUCUGUCAAACUAGAUAUACAGAAAGAAAAACUGGAAAACGGCAAGCAGAAAGGUUCGCCUUUCCGGGCUCUAGCAUCGGACCGCGUGGUCAAAAAUAACAAAACUAGCGGGCAUUUUAGAAAUCCAAACUGUAAAAAAAGGGCGGAACAGACUUUCAAACUUUCAUUAUAAAAGAGUUUUCUUUAUACAUCUUGACGGGUUUAUUGUCAUAAUUGACAAAAAGUUAUGGUCGGUGGCAAAAUUUUGACAAGGGCAAAAUUAUAUGUCGAUCAAGUCUGACUGAACUAAAAGGAGUAUUUAUUUUAUUUUCGUUGGAGCAUCAAGUGUUUACUAGUAUGACGGGCACCAAGCCAAUGGUUUGAUGAAGUAAAAGCGAUUGCCUCAACCCAAGACCAUAUAUGAUAUCUAAUUUCCCCAUUGCGACACAGCCGGUUUGCUUUAAAAAUUAUAAAAGUUAACCAGCAGCAGAACUAAACUGGGCAUCUAUGUGAUGGUGCAAGCUCCUAAAACAAAACUGACUGUUUUGACAACUUUAACAUUUUGAAUACUAAGUCUCCAAUAUUUUUGCCUGUAUCAGGCGCCUUUUUUAGCUGCUAAAAUGCUCCUGACUUGUUUUCUAGCUAAUUUGAAAAUGCAUAUAUAGCAAAAAAAAAAAAACCUGUUACAAUGGAAAGACAUACGCUGUACAUGCAAAGAAAAUAAUGAGUUCGCUUGGAUCCUUUCAUGUGAGAGGGUACAUUAUUAGCAAAGGGAGACUGGAUGAGAUAAACCGCGCCGAAAUAAUGACUUCAAAGUAUCUCCUCUUACUUAAAAUGUCCUGAUAACAGAAAGGAAACCGAAUCACCAUAAAACGGUCGAUUGGAACACUAAACGAAUUCAAAGCAGUCGCCGCGGUUGUGUAAACCUACAGCAAUAAUGUAAUCUUAAAGACUUUGCAAGAAACUAAUGGCUGAAUCCAACAGCUGCUAACAAUUCAUAAAGGAUCUAUGACGAAUUGUUCGUAAAGACUCGUUUUCGUAGAACAGCCGUAACACAAUGACAUUUCCAGUUACAGCGGCUAAGGCAGAUAAGGAAAACCACGCUGAAAGGAAGAUGGUUACUGCACGGCUGAGAUGUUUGUGCGGUAAGGUAACGUCCAUGUUAAUUUGGUGUAAACUUAAGACGGCAACAACAGAAGUCGAGAAAUAAUUAUGAAAACGUCUGAAAUCUGGAACUGCCUGUUCCCUUUGAAAUUUUCCUUGUUUAUAUGCAGUUAAUUAGCAGGGACGUCUUUUUUAUAUUCAGUCUGUUUUAAAUUAAAAGGUGAGCGUGAAAUUAAAAAUAUCCGAAAUAGUUUUUAAAAAAGGCUUCACAACUUAAAUUUUUGUGCCAUCCUCUACAAUCCACCAAUGUUAAAUAACUGGAUCUUCAACUAUUCGUCGAAACUUAAAUAAAAUCAAUAAAAGUUCCCCUCCUUCCCCCCCCGGACAGGAAACUGCUUCAGUGACAAGAAAAGCAGGAGACAAUCAACAGCAACACAAAUGAAAAAUCUAUCGACCUAAUAAUUUCUUUUUAUUACGCUAAGCAAGGACGUGGUCACAUCACUCUUAAAACAGGUCAGGAGGCACUUGAAUCUGCCCAAACCAGAUGUCAAACUUGACGCUGGAUAUUUACGAUUUCUUGUCUCACUCAACAGUUAAUGAUAGAAAUGUGUUGAUGAGUCUUGAGUUCAAAACUGAUCAUAAAAUAGUCGGUAAUAAAUAUGGGUUCCUCAUCAUUUGCAAGUUAAACAAACUGAAACUGAAGGAUCCACGGCAUGUUAAGAAACUGCUUUGGGCUUGAUCCAUCACAUGGAUUCCCAGUUUAGUUCCGCUGAUUCUUGAGUUUAUGCCUUAUUAUGCGCACCGAGAAAAGCACAAGAAACUCUGGACUGCAAUCAGCCGAAAAACGGAUGGUACGAAAUGACAUGAUAGCGAUUAGAGAGACAGAGCUUUGACGACAUCUCAAAUGUAACAAGACUCUCUCAUUGAUAGACGAUGUUGAGAUCGACUGCAACUUUAGUUUUUACAUGUUUUCGUUAAAAUAGGGAGUAGAAAUCUAAUAAAAAAAAUCUUCUUUUCAACAAUGCUUAUUUUGGAUGUCUCCUCGGUAACUCGUAUUACGUCUUCACAUUCCUUACAUUUUAUGACUUGCAGUUAGCCAGUUGCCUUAAAUAGAACCAUCUUCUACGAGAUUUUUGUUAAAAGAAUCCGUAACCAGAAUUACCUUUUUUCUGGACUCGCUUUGGUAGAACAGCCACAACACAACGACAUUUCCAGUUACAGAGACUAAACCAGGUAUGGAGAACCAAAGUGAUAGAACGAUGGAUGCUGCACUGCUGAGAUAUUCGUCCGAGCAAUUAACUUCCCUGCUAAGUUGGUGUAAAGCAGUCGAGAAACAGGUCUAAAAACAGUCUGAAACUUUCAGUUGCCUGCCCUUGUUAGGGAACAGAUGUUACCGAAUAUGAAGCAAUGUUUCCAAGCAAAUGCUUCCUCUUUACUGGCCUCUAUUUAAGGAAAAGUGCGCGUAAAAAUAUCCCAAAGUUUUGUAAAACAUGCCUUGAAACUUAAACUGUUGUGGUAUCCUCUUCAAUUCAUCACAUGAAUGUAAAAUAACUGGAUCCAAAACUACUCGCCGAAUCAAGAAAAUCCAGAAAAUCCCUCCAACCCCUCCCCUGUCCGGAGAGGGGUUGGAGGGAUUUUAAAAAAAAUGUGUCUUGCACUUUCCCUUUAUUUAGUUACCGUGUGGACACAGGAAGGAAAUACAAUGAGAUUGGGAACAAGUAAAAUGAGUUUCUAAUGACCCAGACCAAUUUACUCUUGAAGGAAAAUUGAAAGAAAAACAAACAAACAAAGUAAAAUACAUAACAUUUUGGGAGUCAUAUUUCAUUGACGGCCAGUAUCAGAUUGGGCUUCACACUUCAACAUAGGAAUCGGACGCAUUCCUUUUAGGCCAUAAAUGCGGUCACUUUUAUGAUUUAACUGUUGACCAGUCCUUGAGAAAGAUUUUGGAACAUCCCAAAGAGGUGCCGUUCUUUGUUUCUCUUUCGCCGUUUUUGGGAACUCUAAAAGUUCAGACUUCAUAUUUUAAUCAAACAUGCCUGUCAAUAUAUAGAAUAUCUACAUGGAAAUACUAUGAUGACUCAUGCAAAAACAUUUCAGUUUCAAUAACAGCUGUUCGGUUUGUAAAGAUAACAAGCCUGUAGCCUCAAGCGUUCCCAAACUUUCUUUCUAUUCUCGGCUGUAGCUGUACACCAUCCUACUAUGAAUGAUAGCCACCCGGAAGAUCAUCUGAACAGUGCAGCGACCAUCGUUCUAUCACUGUGGCUCUCCUUGAGCAGUUUUGUAGCUGUAAGCGGAAACACAGUUAUGCUGUGGUUGUUCUACAAGAACGAGUCUUUACGAACAAUUUCCAACCGGCUUUUAGCCUCGUUAUCCGUGGCGGACGUUUUAGUUGGCGUCGUCAUAGAUCCUGUUUGGAUUGUUAUCAGAUGUUGGAUUCAGCCACCACUUCAUAGUACUCUGACUGAUGUUAUUUUAGCAUUGUGGGUUCACACAACCGCCGCCACUACUUUUAACAUUUGCUGUGUUUCAGUUGAUCGAUUGAUUGCGAUUCGGUUUCCUUUCCGUUAUCAAGAAAUUGUAACGAAGAAAAGAUGUUACACAGUGAUUAUUUUGGUGUGGCUGUUUUCAAUGGGUCUUCCUUUCUCUACGCUGCUUAUACCCGCCAAGCUUUUCUCAAAAGAGAAAUUCGUUAAUAUUGCAGUGCUGUGUUUUUUGAUAGGAUUUAUAGCAUUUUUUCUACCAUUAAUAGUUGUUUCACUCUCUUAUAUUUUUAUUUUUAAAUCGGCAACAAAACAAUUUAAAAGAAUAUUAGCAGGAGAAACAUCUACAUUGCAAAACAACAAUUUAAGAGUUCGUUGUAUGCAAAAUUUUAAAGCUAUAAAAACAAUUGGUUUUGUUUUGGGUGCCUGUAUCAUCACAUGGAUUCCUAGUGUAAUUCUGUCUUUUUUUGAAAUUUAUCAUGCCUUAGUCAACAACCGGGAUAAAUAUAAUGCAUUGAUGUAACAUUAGGACAAAAAAAGGUUGUUUGUUUUGUUUAUUUGUGAUUAAUGGCUGCACAUGCAACAGAGAACAGAAACAGGCUAAUUUAAAAUUCUGGUGCAAUUGUUUGGUUGUCCAUGAAACAUACAAAUUUUACUUAACAACAAUAAUUGCAAAAGUUCCAAUACCAGACAUGAAAAGCUAUUUCUCAGUUGAACCAGGACAAGAAUAAACCCAUAGCAACCAUUUAUGGCUAGAUCAUUUGCAUAUUUUUAUGUUGUAAUAAUUAAAAUUCAGCAUUCCUACAUGCGUAAUUAGCGAUGAGUUUUAGAAACUACAGCAUCUCAGAAUUUCGUUAGAUUGAAAAAUCUUUCAAACUUUUGAAUGGAGAAAGUACCAACAGAUGCAGUAAUAUCAAAUUCUUAAUUCUUAAUUUGACACAAAAAUUAAAAUAAAUAAAUAACUUAUUAACUUCAAUUAAUUACAAAUACAUAGAUUGUAGACGCCUCAAGAUGUUGAACGAAGAGAAAGUGGCUCCAUGUUUUGUGAGACAAACCAUUUCUUCAAGUUCGAACGACUCGAGUAGAAAACAUGAAAAUAUAGCGCUGAAAAGUACCAUGGCUAAACAAUGAAAUUCACUCCUCUCGCUGCAGGAUCAACACCACUUUACCCGUGAGUUUGUUUGCUCCUCACAUUUGCGCUCGGUAAUUUAAUUCUCAGAUGUUUGACGGGUUCUCACAUGACAAUGCUUUCAAAAUCAAAUUACCGCGUCAGACUUAAUGUAAAUAUGAACGUCGCUGACUCAAUCUCAUUGCAAUUCAAUUUUGGGAAACGCUAUUACUUCGUUCUUAGGGUAAAACAACAAACAUUCGACAAAGCGCAAUUUUUUUAAAUGAAUAAUGUAAACCUUGCAACUGAAGAGAGAAUGAUAAAAACUUGCUCCCACCGUUCGCUAUCAUUUUAAAACUUUCUAGGCAAAACAUAAUCCGUAAGAUAACUUCUUUCCCCUAAACAACAUGACUGUAUUAAAGAUUCCAAAAGGUGGAACAAGAAAUAAUUUGAAGAAUACAAACACUUUGAAAUGUUAUUCGAGCGAUAAACGAGCGCGAUGGGUUUAAAGCGAUGAAUGCAAAAGUCAUUGUUUUACCGAAACUUGAUUGGAAUUAUAAACUAAAGCUAGUAUCAAACGAAGAAAGGGAAAAAAGGUUUGAAUUUUUCUGGACCUUAGCGUAAGAGAAAACCCAGAUAAGACACGACUUACCUCCUCCUCUUUCGUGGAUCCUUUGUGGCUCGCUUCUCUAUGUUGAUGACCCCUUUUCAGUCUGUUUUCUGGAGCUCUUUGUAUUUCCUUCUCACGUUGCUCUUCGCUAGAUAUUUGCCUUUUUACUUAUGUCUUUCCUUGUUCUCUAUCGCGUCCCUCUCGCCAUAUUCUGCCUAUUUUAGCGUCCUUUCUAACUUUCUUGCGCGUUUGCAGAUUAUUUGCCUACGCGGCUUCACAUCUACUAGCUCACGCGAAGCCCUCGUGUAAUGCCUAACCGUGUGCCAGCGGUACGCUGCACUAAAACUCGGCACUUGAGUAUGCGCACUACAUCGUGAUCUGCCAGUGUCUCCUGGCACUAAUAGGGUAUCCUGGUUACGCAUGCAAUCGGACCUGCGCAUUACCUUCUCCUUUGACCUUCCAUUACCUAAUGGCUAAGAACGUGCUUGCGAUACACUCGGCCGCGCAUGCUAAAAGUAGCACCUUGUACGGUCGGUCGUACGAUCAUAAGCCCAAAUUUUUUUGCCUUGAUGGGCUACUACUAUUUUGUAUAAUUAUGGGGCUACGUAGCGCGCGCUGUGAGCUCCGCUUUUAAAGGGAAUAACUUUUUUAAACUGCUAAUUGAUGACAACAAUAUAGCGCUAAUUUAAAAGGAGAAUCAUUAAGAAUUUAUAAAGUCCUUAAGAAGUUCACGUUUAAGACUAUACUUAAAAACCGGCAUCGAAUUAAUAGUUUUAGGAGAACCACGCUGCGAGUUAACUAUUCUGUAAUAAGAGGUCCUCUGUCCGCUAGCUGACUAACCUAACCCUAACCCCAAGGACACCGCUCAUGACAUAAUAAAUCUGCAUAAAAGGAUACGAUAAUUCAUGCAAAACAAUUCAGUUUCAGAAAGAUGUGUUUGGUUUGUUGAAAAGGGGGUAAAAUUUCGAGCAUUUUCCAAGCUUACUUUCUUUCUUCUGCUGUCGCUAUCCACCAUCUUACCAUGAAUGAUAGCCACCGGCACGAUCAGCUUAGCAGUGAAGCGUCCAUCGUCCUUUCACUGUGGCUCUCUAUUUCUGGUUUUGCAGCUGUUACUGGAAAUAUAGUUGUGUUGUGGCUGUUCUACAAAAAUGAGUCUUUACGAAGAAUUUCCAACCGUUUUCUAGCCUCUUUAUCCGUAGCAGACCUUUUAGUUGGGCUUGUGAUAGCUCCUACCUGGAUCAUUUUCAUCUGGUGGUUUACAUUUCACAGCGUCUUUUUAGGAUGGUUGUGGGUUCACACAACCACCGCAACCACUUAUAACAUUUGCUGUAUUUCUGUCGACCGUUUCAUUGCGAUUUGGUUUCCUUUCCGUUAUCAGGAAAUUGUAACAAAGAAAAGAUGUUACACAGUGACUAUUUUGGUGUUGUUAUUUUCACUGGGUCUUCCUUUCUCGACGUUGCCGGUGAAAGACAAGGAAAAUUUCAAUAUUGUGAUGUUAUGGAUUUCCCUGGCAUUCAUAACAUUUGUUAUUCCAUUACUUGUGGUCUCAUGUUCCUAUAUUUUAAUUUUCAAAUCAGCAAAAAAACAGUUUUAUAGAAUAUUAGCAGGAGAAAGUCCUAUAACAUAUAACGACAAUUUUAGAGUUCGUAGUAUGAAAAAUUUUAAAGCUAUUAAAACCAUCGGUUUUGUCUUGGGUGCUUGUAUUAUCACAUGGGUGCCCAGUCUCGUUUAUCUGUUUGUUGAUUUUUAUUAUACCGUGAUAAAUGACUGGGAUAAAAGUUGGAGAUUAUAUUAUGUUGUGUGGCCUUGGGUUGAGGUAUUCGCUUUUACUUCAUCAGCGAUCGAUCCAUUUUUAUAUUUCUUUCGAAAUAAAGAGCUCCGCCAAGCCUUUCGCCGAACCUUUCGUUGGUUACCCUACAGACACAGCACAAGAAACACCUGGCUGAAAUCAGGUGGAAACCUGAUGGUACGAAAUGGUUUUAAAAGAUCUAGAGAUAGAGCGGUUAGGGAGACAAAGCUCUGAGGAUAUCUUAAAGGAAACAGGACUCUGCCAUUGAUAGAUGAUGUUGAAGUGAGCUGUCACCUCAGUUUGUGAAUUUCUUAUUAAAAUAGCGAUCUGAAAUCUAAUAAAAAAUCCUCUUUGCAACAAUGCUUAGCUUGGCUUUCUCUCAGUAAUCGUAUCACUUGUUAUCUUUAAGAAACUUCUAAACUUUUAUUGCAUGAGAGUGUUUUUCAUAUAUCUUGACAAACUAUUAAUGUUUUGUGACAGGCAUUUGACUGGGGCAAAAUUACGUCUGGAAAGAUCUGUCUGAUAUGACAAAAUGAGCAAUUUUUCUUAUAUUUUAAUUAACUUUUACUAAGAAAGAGAAUUAGGUGAGAUAAGCUUUAAAAUUAUUGCUUCCGAUGGUCAUCAAUUGUUUAUCCAACAUCUGAUAACAAUUCAAAAAGGAUAUAUUACAAGGUCAACCAAAACGUCCGCCACGGAUAACGAGGCUAAAAACCGGUUGGAAAUAGUUCUUAAAGACUCGUUUUUGUAGAACAGCCAGACUAGAGUUCUGAAAAUUUGAAAUGAAUAAGAUUUUUUAAUUACUUCCCUCUCCGUAGACCCCCUGGUUUGAGUUUGCUUAACUUGCAUAUUACCUGCAACAAGUUUUAAAUUACUGACUAUGUUAGGAUAAAUUUUGUAUUCGAAACUUAACACAUUUAUCUCAUUAGUUAUUUAAAUUAAGCUACUCAUCAGUCUUACAUUUGACAUUCGUUUUGAGGAGAUUGAAGUAAGUGCCCACCGAGCCAUUUAUGGCCACAGUGUGACCAUAAUCGUGCGAGAUUAGUAUUUUAAAAGAGAUUUUAAAAUAGUUUCAUUAUCUGACGUCCCUGUUUUGUGUUUCCUCGUGCACUUCGUUUCACGAAAGCAACUGCCUGUCGAAGGGGACGUUUUGUUGAAUUUCUUUUUACAUUUUGGCGAAUAGAUUUAAGAUCUUGCUGUUUCCAAAUUGACGAAAUGACAUUCCGAGCAAGAGGAGAUGCUUUUCGGCCAUUAUUUUAGUGUCCUUUAUCUCACUGAGUCUUCCUUUGGCUAAAUAUUAAUUUUCAAAUCAGCCAGAAAACAAUUUAGGAGAGUUUUAGCAGCUAAAGACGGAAACCCCUGAGGCGAAUUACAUUAACACGUACGUUCUGUUUAAAAAACAAGCCGUGCUGGCCUGACUCGUUAAAUUGAAGAGAGAGUUUUACAUACAUUUUUAGAACGAAAACACCGACGACGAAUAACAUUAAGUUUCUGUUUGAUUUCCGCUGAUCAGACUUGCUAUAUUGACUAGAGAGCCCUGUCGCCGCUUGAGAAUACAAUCGCUUCAAGGCCUACUGUGAAACUCUUGGACAAAUGUGAGCUAUUUUCCUCUGCCGUCAACUUUGUGACUUCAUGCUUAAGAUCCGAAUCCUUAUUGAUCUUUUUUUGUGACUGGUAGUAGUCAGUCACCUGCUACGGUGCGAUUUGAAGCGCCGAAGUUUGGAAAAAUCGUACAAUUUCCCAGAAAGGAGUCGUUUCCUUCGGAAAUCCUUGAAACUGCUCUCUCUUACAUCAAGAUCAACAGACGAUUUACAAAAAGAGCAGUGAAAAAUUGUCCUUUUAAAACGACCUCUAACAGCAGACUUCAGCAGUCAACUUGACAUGAAAACAUAAUUAAAUUACGAAAUUUAUUUUGGGUUCUAUUUCAGGCACUUAAAUGAGGCUCCGAACGUUAACGUUCGGCGUCAAAUUACUGCUUUCGCUUCGUUCAAACUGCUCAAAUCAAAUGGUUGGGGAGAGAGCUCACUUUUAGAAUUACUGUUAUCUCAGUAAAUACUAAAUGUUAAAAUAAUUGUAAACCGUUGAUUUGCGGUGGGCCUGGCAUUAAGACCAUUUCAUUCCACGUUUUCUCACGGCCUAUCCAUAACCCAGGCAGCUGCAUAUCAGGAGAAACAUGUUUACAAGUUCUCUCUAUUUUUCUGCGAAUGAAUUAAGACUAAUUUGUUCUUAUCAGUAUUGACAUACGUAAUCAAGACAUUGAAUUACGGCAAGAGGAAAUAACGUCCCAUUAUUUUCCCUUAACGUGAGAAAGAUAUCUUUCGAGAAUUUCCUCUCUCUUAGAUUUCGCUUCGUGCCUAAGUCUAGGACUUAACUUCCAGACUUCCUUGUCACGGUCAGUAAACAGCAUUUUAAAAGCGUAAUUUAUCAUAUGAUAUCCUAUAUGCAAUGUCAUAGUAUUAGUUUUCAUAACUUCAACUUUGCGUUUUGGGGACCUGUAGACAGGUUGAUUUUAAAGAUAAAAAUUUCACUCUUUUCUUUAGCUACUGAUGUCUCCGAAAACCGAAUCCACAUGAAUAACAGCUGUCUGGUGCAACAUCUCAGCAGUGCAGCGUCCAUCUUUCUAUCGUUGUGGUUCUCCUUCUCUGGAUUAGCAACUGUAGCAGGAAAUGCGAUCGUGUUGUGGUUGUUCUACAAAAAUGAGUCUUUACGAACAAUUUCCAAUGGAUUCUUAACCUCGUUGUCAGUGGCAGACUUGUUUGUUGGGCUGGUUAUAGACCCUGUCUGGAUCGUCAUCAGAUGCUUGAUUCAGCCACCAGUACAGAGUACUUUGCACUACUGUAUAUACAUGUUGUGGAUUCACACAACCACCGCCACAACCUUUAACUUGUGCUGUGUUUCCGUAGACCGGUUUAUUGCGAUUAGGUUUCCUUUCCGUUACCAGGACUUUGUAACCAAGAAAAGAUGCUGUUUGGUGAUUAUUUUGGUG